AUGGAUAUCGCUGCAUCAACCGAGUCGCAAUGGCUUUCACAACUGGCCGCAAUGCGCCAGGCUAUCGCCGACCUGAAUCUUCCAAAGGAUAUUCCCACUGGCCCGAAUAGCUAUGGAAGUGACGUGGAAUUGGAUAUUGACGACGAUUAUUCCUCACCUGGGACAGUGGACGAUGUAUGGGAUAUAAUCAGCUCCGAUGACGAGAUCAGCGAUGAUUUCGACGAAUGGAGCGGUAUUUCUCUCCCCCAACAAUCCGGUUACGACCAGCUCUGGCUGAAGACGAGAUGCCAGGAUGUCGCCGCUCGAAGCUCGAUGGACGCAACAGACCUAGCUCAACAAAUAUUUGCAACCUUGGCUACCGAUAGUGACGACACUGAGCUGCAGAUGUCCUUGGCUGAGAUUGUGGGGUUUGAGGACUUAGAUCUGGUCAUUGAACUCAUCGCCCACCGGUCGGAAAUUCUCUCGGACAAGGGCCAGAAAGUGGAGGCACAAACGGAUGGACUAGCAGCAGGAAGACUUCAAACAAGAGCGGAGAGGGAGCAAACUCUGUGGGAAAGAGAUUUCCAACACAAGCAUGCGCCUCUGAUGCCAGCCCAAAGUCGGACCGAGCCGGUAUAUCCCCAUGUCUACAAACUUCAUAACUCGACUGGGAACACUCUCUCCGUGACUGGAAAGAAAUAUGGACUCCCAGUCGGCAGCAAGACAUAUGAGGAACCCAAGUAUACCGAGCAUGAAAUUCCGGCUUCUAGUGUUGGUGCGGUUUCCAAGAACCAGAAAUUGGUGGAGAUUGCUGGACUGGAUGGCCUCUGUCGGGGCACUUUCAAGGGCUAUAAAGCCCUGAAUCGCAUGCAAAGCUUGCUCUAUGAUGUUGCAUACAAAACAAGUGAGAACAUGCUUAUUUGUGCCCCAACCGGCGCCGGUAAAACAGAUGCUGCAAUGUUGACGAUCCUGAACGCGAUCGGGAAGAAUACUGUUCCAAACCCAUUGGAUGAGCCUGAUGCCACUGAUUUUGUUGUCCAAGUGGACGACUUCAAAAUUGUUUACGUUGCGCCGAUGAAGGCUCUCGCGGCCGAAGUGACCGAAAAGCUUGGGAAACGCCUGGCUUGGCUAGGAAUCCAGGUACGCGAAUUAACAGGUGACAUGCAGUUAACCAAGCGGGAGAUAGUGGAAACCCAGAUUAUUGUCACUACCCCCGAGAAAUGGGACGUCGUGACACGCAAGAGCACUGGCGACACGGAGUUGGUCCAGAAGGUACGACUACUCAUUAUUGAUGAGGUACACAUGCUUCACGAUGAACGUGGAGCCGUCAUCGAAUCUCUGGUCGCUCGAACUCAGCGUCAGGUCGAAAGCACACAGUCCUUAAUUCGCAUUGUGGGCCUGUCUGCAACUCUGCCGAAUUAUGUGGAUGUGGCCGACUUUUUGAAAGUGAACAAGAUGGCCGGCUUGUUUUUCUUCGACUCGUCAUUCCGACCAGUGCCUCUGGAGCAACAUUUUAUUGGUGUCAAGGGCAAGCCCGGGUCCAAAGAAUCCAGGGAAAACAUUGAUACCGUCGCCUUUGAAAAGGUCCGUGAUAUGGUGCAAAGAGGUCACCAGGUUAUGGUAUUUGUCCACUCUCGCAAAGACACCGUCAUGACUGCUCGCAUGUUGAAACAACUCGCAGCCGAGGAGGGCUGUGAAGACUUGUUUUCUUGCCAGGAGCAUGAGAACUACUCUUCUGCCCUUCGCGAUAUGAAACAUGCACGUGCUCGCGAAUUACGCGACCUCUUUGCUAGUGGGUUCGGAACACACCAUGCUGGAAUGAGUCGCAGUGACCGUAACCUGAUGGAAAGAAUGUUUUCCGAGGGCCUCAUCAAGGUACUAUGCUGUACCGCCACUCUCGCUUGGGGUGUCAAUUUGCCCGCAGCUGCGGUUGUCAUCAAGGGAACGCAGCUGUAUAACCCACAGGAGGGUAAAUUUGUUGAUCUCAGCAUUCUCGACGUGUUGCAGAUCUUCGGUCGUGCCGGUCGACCCCAGUUUCAGGACACCGGUAUUGGCUUUAUCUGUACAACACAUGAUAAGCUCGACCACUACCUGAAUGCUGUCACGGCUCAGCAGCCCAUUGAAUCUCGAUUCUCUAGUCGGCUCGUGGACAAUUUGAACGCGGAAAUCUCGCUCGGAACCGUCACCUCGGUGCCAGAAGCCGUGCAAUGGCUUGGGUACUCAUACUUGUUCGUCCGCAUGAAACGGGAGCCUCGAAACUAUGGUAUUGAGUUCGCUGAACUUCGUGACGAUCCGAUGCUGGUUCAAAGACGUCGACAGUUGAUUAUCCAGGCGGCCCAGACACUUCAAAAGAGCCAAAUGAUUAUCUUCAAUGAGAAGACAGAGGAUCUGAAGGCUAAGGAUGUCGGUCGCAUCGCAAGUCAAUAUUACGUUCUCCAGACAAGUAUCGAGAUUUUUAAUACAAUGAUGCGUCCUAGGGCUGGUGAAGCAGAUGUCCUCAAGAUGAUCAGCAUGAGCGGCGAAUUUGACAACAUUCAGUCGCGAGACAGCGAGUCAAAGGAGUUGCAACGUUUACGAGAUGAGGCGAUCCAGACUGAAGUUGAAGGGGGAAAUGACUCCCCUCAUGCCAAGACGAAUAUUUUGCUUCAGUCGUACAUAUCUCGUGCCAAGAUUGAGGAUUUCGCUUUGGUCUCCGACACAGGAUAUGUGGCCCAAAAUGCGGCUCGUAUCUGCCGGGCUCUCUUUAUGAUCGCGUUGAACCGGCGAUGGGGCUAUCAAUGCCAAGUCCUUCUCUCUAUGUGCAAAUCCAUUGAGAAGCAAAUCUGGCCCUUCGAUCACCCUUUUCACCAGUUUGACCUACCCCAGCCAAUUCUGAGAAAUCUGGAUGAAAAAUUGCCCUCUUCUUCAAUUGAAUCCAUGCGGGAGAUGGAAACUGCGGAAGUUGGCCAGCUUGUACACAAUCACAAGAUGGGCAAGGUCCUGGGCAAAUUACUGGAUAAUUUCCCUACUCUGAGCGUCGAGACCGAGAUUGCCCCUCUCAACCGUGAUGUUCUUCGUAUUCGCCUUUCAAUAUACCCCGAAUUCAGCUGGAAUGACCGCCACCACGGCACAUCCGAGUCAUUCUGGGUCUGGGUUGAGAACUCUGAGACCUCCGAGAUCUACCACCACGAAUACUUUAUCCUAAGUCGCAAGAAACUCUAUGACGAUCAUGAACUUAACUUUACGAUCCCGCUCUCAGACCCUCUGCCUAGCCAGAUCUACGUCCGCUUGAUCUCCGAUCGCUGGCUUGGGGCGGAAACUGUCACUCCGGUUUCCUUCCAGCAUUUGAUUCGUCCUGACACUGAAAGUGUCUACACUGACUUGCUGAAUCUGCAGCCGCUUCCUAUUUCUGCUUUGAACAAUCCAAUUUUGGAAGAGCUAUACGGGCAACGCUUCCAGUUCUUCAACCCCAUGCAGACGCAGAUCUUCCACCUACUAUAUCAUACACCAGCCAAUGUACUUCUUGGAUCACCCACCGGUAGUGGAAAGACCGUUGCGGCUGAGCUGGCAAUGUGGUGGGCAUUCCGUGAGAAGCCCGGUUCGAAGGUUGUCUACAUUGCGCCUAUGAAAGCGCUCGUCCGCGAGCGUGUUCAGGAUUGGCGGAAACGUCUCACAGGUCCUAUGGGACUAAAGCUUGUCGAGUUGACAGGCGAUAACACUCCUGACACUCGAACUAUUCGAGAUGCAGACAUCAUCAUCACGACUCCUGAGAAAUGGGACGGUAUAUCUCGUAGUUGGCAAACUAGAGAUUACGUGCGAAAGGUCAGUCUUGUGAUAAUCGAUGAGAUUCACUUGCUUGGCGGAGACCGAGGUCCUAUUUUGGAAAUCAUCGUCUCUCGGAUGAACUAUAUUGCCUCCCAGUCGAAGGGUUCUGUUCGACUCAUGGGCAUGUCCACCGCCUGUGCUAAUGCUAGCGAUCUUGCUAAUUGGCUUGGCGUCAAGGAGGGACUGUAUAACUUCCGUCACUCUGUUCGCCCUGUGCCUCUUGAAAUCUUCAUUGAUGGCUUUCCCGAGCAACGCGGGUUCUGCCCUCUGAUGCAGUCCAUGAACAGACCGACUUUUUUGGCCAUCAAAAAUCACUCGCCAGAGAAGCCAGUCAUUGUGUUUGUAGCAUCUCGUCGGCAGACCCGUCUAACGGCAAAGGACCUGAUCAAUUACUGCGGAAUGGAAGAUAAUCCUCGUCGUUUCGUUCGUAUGUCCGAAGAUGAUUUGGAAGCAAAUCUCGCUCGUGUCAAGGACGACGCUUUGAGAGAAGCUCUUAAUUUUGGCAUCGGCCUGCAUCACGCUGGUCUUGUUGAAUCCGACCGACAGCUCGCAGAAGAGUUGUUUGCCAAUAACAAGAUCCAAAUUCUGGUCGCUACCAGUACGCUUGCUUGGGGUGUCAACCUUCCUGCCCACCUUGUGGUCGUCAAGGGCACCCAGUUCUUCGACGCUAAGAUUGAGGGAUAUCGGGACAUGGACCUGACUGACGUCCUACAAAUGUUGGGUCGUGCUGGUCGUCCGCAGUUUGAUAACUCUGGUAUCGCUCGAAUUUUCACGCAGGAUGCCAAGAAAGCAUUCUACAAGCACUUCCUCCAUACUGGUUUCCCAGUCGAGUCAACUCUGCAUAAGGUUCUGGACAAUCAUUUGGGCGCAGAAGUAUCUGCUGGUACCAUUGGUACGAAACAGGAUGCGCUUGAUUAUCUCACAUGGACUUUCUUCUUCCGUAGACUUCACAAAAAUCCUUCAUACUACGGUCUUGAAAUUUCCGCUGAGGAACAGCACAAUAUGGCCGCUCAAGCGAUUGCACAGGACUUUAUGGUUGAGUUGGUUGACAAGUCGCUAGAUGACCUAGCUGAGUCUUCUUGUGUCCUUGUGGAUUCUGCUACUGGAGAAGUUGACUCCACUCCGUUCGGAAAGAUCAUGAGUUACUACUACCUGUCGCACAAGACAAUCCGUUACUUGAUGUCGCAUGCCAAGCGAGAACCUACUUUCCAAGACGUCCUGAGCUGGAUGUGUUCAGCGACUGAAUUUGAUGAAUUGCCCGUCCGACACAAUGAAGACCUCAUCAAUGCGGAAAUGGCACAGCACCUUCCUCUUUCCAUCGACUGCAUGGGUGACAUUCCCUUAUGGGAUCCUCACGUCAAAGCCUUUUUGCUCCUCCAGGCUUAUAUGUCCCGAAUCGACCUCCCAAUAUCGGAUUAUGUCGGUGACCAAACGUCUGUUCUUGACCAAGGUAUUCGAAUCAUUCAAGCCUCAAUCGAUGUCAUGGCAGAGCUUGGGUAUAUUCCUGCAUGUCAGAUGUUGAUCACUCUGCUUCAGUGUAUCAAAUCAGCGCGCUGGCCAGAGGACCAUCCUCUAUCUAUUCUCCCUGGUGUGGAUACCGAAAACCCUCCGCGCGGCCUUCCAUCUUCCCUUGUGGCCUUAUGCUCCCAGACAUCCUCUGCAGUAGUCAGCAUGGUAAAGAAGCUCAAUCUGCCCGGUCACUUUACUCGGGCAUAUUCACAGCUGCCAAAUGUGUCCAUCUCAGUCGCUGGAAUUUCCGCCAAGGGAAUCAACGUGUCCAUCGCGCGACGCAACCCAGCCACUAACUCGGAUUACCGUAUCUAUGGCCCGAAGUUCCCCAAGCCGCAAACCGAAGGCUUCUUCUUGAUUGUUUGCAGUGUCGGAUCAGACGGUAGUGAGGGAGAAUUGCUUGGGUUAAAGCGUGUUUCAUGGCCUCCGCACUCCAAAAAGACUCACAACAGCCGUUUCCGCGGUUCAGGCACUGCCUCCACUAGCUCUAGCCAGAGCGAUGCAACCCGGGGCAAUGACAAGAAUGGUGGCGCAGUGUUGACUAUUCGCUCGACGGUCAAGUUCCCCAGCACCGCCCUUGCGAAUUCCUCGUCUCUGGUGACCGAUGGCACGGCUCGAGUGAAUGUCAAACUCAUUAGUGACUCGUAUAUUGGUAUGCAGUGGACACUGUCCAAUGUGGAGGUGGGCCUGGGCUCUGAUGCCCAUACACAGGUUGUUGAACCAUCCUCCAGUGUCUCCCUGAAGGAUUAA